AAAGAGCUUUGAAAGCCUGCAAGCCGCUGCCGAGUGGUCGGAUUCCCAAGUCUCGCUUUUUUUGCAAAAAAAACGCGCCUUGCGAGGAACUGUUUGGGGCCGGCUAUAAAGGUGCCUUCCACGAGGCAACCACGUGGCUUUUCCAUGUGAAAAUAGACUUAAUGGUUCGGUUUCUGGUCUUUGGCUUCGAGCUUCAGUUAUACAAAGACUACGAACUAACGAUGAUAUAUUGGUACCUUGAAAACUUAUUUGAGUGGAAAGCACAGCUCUACUUGUUUGUUCAAUGGAAUUCUCUCGCAGAAGCCCAUUCAUCCCACCGGUUUGCGCACGUGUUUCAGGGCUCUCUGGAUUGCGCAGGCGGACACGUGGGAAAUGAACGUUCUGUUAUGUACGGGCUCGUGCAGGCCAAGCAGGCUCUGUGCAGCGGCAUGCGCCAUGUUACUGCACUUUGGUUAAAAGAACAACGCGUGAAACGGCCGGCUUAUUUCGAUUCGGAGCGUUUACGCUACCACAACCGUUUCAAAGCCUUUCUUGCUGUGAAUCUCCCCUCGUUUUUAGCAUACGACGCUUUUCGUGCUUCUCAGCAGAAAUUAUCGGAGGAGUGUACUUACGGGACUUCUGUGAAGUGUUUUACUAGUUGCAAAGUUUUUCUUGAGGGUUUAAUAAAUAAAGAAAGGCCGCCUCCGGAUACUUCUAACGAACUAAAAUCUUUACUGAAGAUUAGCAAAACGAACAUUGUUGUUCUGAAUUUACUAGCUUCUGGUUAUAAAGCCACUCAACGCGUCCAGUUCGACUUUUCUCUCCAUCCAGAAUUCCCAACUUUUCGUGUGAGGCUAUCCAAGUACUGCACUCCCCCUAGAAAAUCGGACAUUCAUAAACUCCUCCUGGGGUAUGUAUGGGCACCUUCUUGCGCCCAAUCAAGACUAAGCGGUCUGCUCUCGACUUACGGAGCGUCCCCCACAGCCGAAGACAGAAGAGUGGUCCGCAAAGCCAAAAAAACAGUCAACCGCUACCAAAGUUGCCAUUCCGCCAAAACCAAGAGGGAAAUUAAAAUAAAGAAAGCGCUAAGAAAAAUAUCUACUUAUCCAGAUUACCUUAUUAAUAAAGUAACCAUAUCUGCGCUAGGUAGCCGUAUUGGUAGAGCGACUGUUGGUGCUCGUAAUCUUAGGCCAGUUCUUAAGCCUAGAUGUUGA